AUGCCGUGGGAGGAGGAGGAGCGGGCCUUCCUGGAGGCGCGCGAGCAAUUGGAGAGUGCCCUCAGGAAGGAUUCUGGACAGACGUUUUCCCUGGAGCAGCUCCGGCCGCUUCUGACCACCUCUCUGCCGCCGUCGGCCCGCUACCGGCACCUGGACGCUGCACGCCUGGUUCGCUGCAACGCUCAUGGGGAGCCCCACAUCUACCUCGGCGGCCUGUCCACGGCUCUGAACAUCCUGGAGAAAUACGGCCGCAACCUCCUUUGCCCUCAGCGACCCCGGUUCUGGCGCGGGGUCAAGUUUAACAACCCUGUCUUUCACAGUACAGUGGAUGCUGUACAGGGGGGCCGGGAUGUGUUACGAUUGUACGGCUACACGGAGGAGCAGCCAGAUGGGUUGAGCUUCCCUGAGGGGCAGGAGGAGCCAGAUGAGCGUCAGGUUGCUACAGUCACACUGGAAGUACUGCUGCUUCGGACAGAGCUCAGCCUGCUUUUGGAGAAUUCUCACCCGCAACAGCAGGCACUGGAGCAGCUGCUGCAAGACAAAGUGGAAGAUGAUAUGCUGCAGUUUUCGGAGUUUACCCCUAUACUCAGAGAAAUUGCUCCUGGAUCCCUCAUCACACCCUCAGCCCAAGACCCCACUCCUGGGCCCUGCUUCCUCUGUGGUUCUGCCCCAGGCAUACUGCACUGCCCAGCCUGUAAACAGACUUUGUGCUCUGCGUGUGACCAUCUCUUCCAUGGGCAUCCGUCCCGUGCCCAUCACCUCCGCCAGUCCCUCCCUGCAGCUCCUCAGACCACCAACCGAAUACCCAGCCUAUCUGUCCCAGCCCCUUCAAGGCCCCAGUCGACCUCUCUACCAGCCCUGGGAGACAACGGUCUUCUUUCCCCUGACCCUGCAAACGCCCGUUUGCCCUGGCACUGUGCUGCUUGUACCAUGGAAAAUGAGCCUUGGGCAGUGCUUUGUGGGGCCUGUGAUCGGCCUCGAGGUUGUAAAGGCUUAGGGAUGGGGGUUGAGGGUAACCAAGGAGCUGGGAGCCCAGAAAAUGAGCUUGCACGGGGCCGAUGGACCUGCCAAAGCUGCACUUUUGAGAAUGAGGCAGCAGCUGUGCUAUGUGCCAUAUGUGAGCGACCUCGGCUGGCCCAACCUCCUAGCUUGCUAAUAGAUUCCCACGACACUGGCAUCUGCCUGCAACCCCUUCAGCAGGGGAAAACUUUGCUCUGCUCUCCCCAGACUCAAGUUUGGUCCUGUAUCCACUGUACCUUCUGCAACUCAGGCCCUGGCUGGGUAUGUGCGAUGUGCAACCGGACCAGCAGUCCCAUCCCAGGCCAGCAUGCCCCUCAGCCCCAUGCCAGCUCUUUGGAAGAGAGACAGCCCGAGCCUGCAUCCCUGCAACGCCUCAGCACCCCACUGCCUAGCUCCUGCAGGGAUCCUGAAAAGCAACGCCAAGAUAAGAUGCGAGAGGAAGGUCUCCAGCUAGUGGUGAUGAUCCGGGAAGGGGAAGCUGCAGGGGCCUGCCCAGAAGAGGUCUUCUCCGCUUUGCAGUACUCGGGCACUGAGGUCCCCCUGCAGUGGUUGCACUCUGAGCUGCCUUAUGUUCUGGAGAUGGUGGCUGAGUUGGCGGGACAACGGAACCCAGGACUGGGUGCCUUUUCCUGUCAGGAGGCUCGGAAAGCCUGGCUGGACCGUCACGGCAACCUUGAUGAAGCUGUGGAAGAGUGUGUGAGGGCCCGGCGGAAGAAGGUACAAGAGCUCCAGUCCUUGGGCUUUGAGCCUAAGGAGGGGUCUCUGCAGGCUUUGUUCCAGCAUGGAGGGGAUGUGGCACGUGCCUUGACUGAGCUGCAGCGCCAGCGCCUUGAGCCCUUCCAUCAGCGCCUCUGGGACAGUGACCCUGAGCCCACUCCAUCCUGGGACGGACCAGAUAAGCAGAGCCUUGUCAGGCGGUUGCUGGCAGUCUAUGCGCUCCCUAGCUGGGGCCGGGCAGAGUUGGCGCUGUCGCUGCUGCAGGAGACGCCAAGGAAUUAUGAGUUGGGAGAUGUGGUAGAAGCUGUGAGACACAGCCAUGACCGGGCCUUCCUGCGCCGCCUGCUUGCCCAGGAAUGUGCUGUGUGCGGCUGGACCCUUCCCCGUAACCGGAUGCAGGCCCUGACUUCCUGUGAGUGCACCAUUUGUCCUGACUGCUUCCGCCAGCAUUUCACCAUUGCUCUGAAGGAGAAGCACAUCACGGACAUGGUGUGCCCCGCCUGCGGUCGCCCUGACCUCACUGAUGACACACAAUUACUUAGCUACUUCUCUACCCUUGACAUUCAGCUUAGAGAGAGUCUCGAGCCAGAUGCCUAUGCAUUGUUCCAUAAGAAGCUGACUGAGGGUGUGCUGAUGAGGGACCCCAAGUUCUUGUGGUGUGCUCAGUGCUCCUUUGGCUUCAUAUAUGAGCGGGAACAGCUGGAAGCAACAUGUCCUCAGUGUCACCAGACCUUCUGUGUACGCUGCAAACGCCAGUGGGAGGAGCAGCACCGAGGCCGGAGCUGUGAGGAUUUCCAGAAUUGGAAACGAAACAAUGACCCAGAAUACCAAGCUCAAGGCCUGGCCAUGUAUCUUCAGGAAAAUGGAAUUGACUGCCCCAAGUGCAAGUUCUCCUAUGCACUGGCCCGAGGAGGCUGCAUGCACUUUCACUGCACCCAGUGCCGCCAUCAGUUCUGCAGUGGCUGCUACAAUGCCUUUUACGCCAAGAAUAAAUGUCCAGACCCUAACUGCCGAGUGAAAAAGUCCCUGCAUGGCCACCACCCUCGAGAUUGCCUCUUUUACUUGCGUGACUGGGCUGCUCUCCGGCUUCAGAAGCUGCUACAGGACAAUAAUGUGAUGUUUAAUACAGAACCUCCAGCUGGGGCCAGGGCAGUUCCUGGAGGUGGCUGCCGAGUGAUGGAGCAGAAAGAGGUUCCCAAUGGGCUCAAGGAUGAAGCAUGUGGCAAGGAGACCCCAGCUGGCUAUGCCGGCCUCUGCCAGGCACACUACAAGGAGUAUCUAGUGAGCCUCAUCAAUGCCCACUCACUGGACCCGGCUACCUUGUAUGAGGUGGAGGAACUGGAGACUGCAAUGGAGCGCUAUCUGCAUGUGCGUCCCCAGCCGCUGGCUGGAGAGGAUGCCCCUGCCUACCGUGCCCGCCUGUUCCAGAAGCUGACAGAAGAGGUGCCCUUGGGACAGAGUAUCCCUCGCAGGAGAAAGUAGAUGAGGGCAUCGGCCCUGAGGAGAGCCCAGCUGCCCCAGGAACAGCUCCAGCACCAAUAAAGAGGCAUCU